CGGAGUGAAGUCGGUCACAUCGGAGUGGAUCAGAAUCCAGAUGGGGCUCGCCGAUGACAUGGUGCCGGCUAUUUGCAGGCGGUAUGGGGAAACCGCUGCGGGACGAGUGAUCGAUGCGUGGAAACGGGGCAUGGCAGGAGAGGUUACCAGGAAGGAAUGGGAGGGUAAGGGGUCACAAGUGGCGGCCUCCUACAUUGAAGGCUUGGAGGCGGAGCCAUGGCACAACGUCGCUCGGUAUCCGUGGAUAGCCGCACUGGAGAAAAACGCUCGUAUCAUUCGGGACGAGCUUCGCCGCCCCUCAUCCGAAAAUCUUGGCGAUAGUUCUGAAUGGGUCCCUGCAGCUCAGGAGGACGCGGAGGCGUAUGGACCGGGCUGGCAGAAGAUGGUCCUGCAGAGUCGUGUCUGGGAUUCGGUAGGUUGCAGUCGUUUCCCCAAGACCUGUGCGAUACUGGAGGAUUGUGGCGCCCCUUCUCACGAAGUUUUCUUUGCCAGACAACGCGCGAGGUCAGGCAUCAAGCCCCACACCGAUAACUCCAAUUUCUUCAUCACUGCUCACCUUCCGCUGGAAGUGCCCGAUGGAGGGGGUUGCUGGAUAAGGGUUGGCACGGUCGACAAGCGGGAGUGGCAGGAGGACAGAGUGGUCGCCUUUGAUUCGAGUUUUGUGCACGAGACAAGGAACGACGCUUCGUCCGACCGAAUCAUUUUGUUGGUUAGGUUCUGGCACCCGCAACUCACCCAGGUGGAAAGAAGUGCUUUGAAUUUCAUCUUCAGCGCGCUGGAGGACUCGUCGGUUUUAGAUGAGCCGUGUGACCCAGUGCUGGAGUCGAAGGACUCGGACUGCGCCGGGUCGGUGGAUGUCGAAGCCAGCUUACCUGUCUCGGCGAACCUUGGCGUUGGCAGUGGGUUGGACGAGACAACUUCAACGGAGGGUACGGGACCCGCCAAAGAGAUCACCUCCAAUGGACCGCCACAGGCCCCUGUACCUCUGCCCGCGAGUCUUGAUGGGUCACAAGGGAGCGUUGAUACGGAGGCCUUACAUCAUCCUCCAGAGGCUGAUUCUGCAAAGUCCCCCAGGGUAGAAUCGGCGGAGGCUAUUUCCGCGGCCAGUAGUGAGGAGCCACAGGAGGCUAUUAGUGUGAAGCCCCUGGGAGAUGCCGCAGAGGCGGAACGCCUAGAGGGCUUCCUUGCAGAUCUGAAAUCCGAAGGUUUGCUGCCGGGCGCUGGUACGAAGGAUGAUGUUUUGGCCCAAGGACCAAAAAAUCGACGAGAUAGAAGAAAGGCUUCCAAAGCCAGAAAGAAGGCCUCUCGACCGGGCAAAGGCAAAAAGCGCUGAAGCAAUGGAAAGUUCCGAGCACGAGUAUUUCUCUUGAGGUCUUGUUGCGUUUAUCGCUGAGGGGGCGCAGGUAGAGUCGUGAAGGAGAAAAGUGACAAUUGGUCAACCCAAUAUUCCGAAACCCGGUACACCGGUAGGGGGAUUGAUAGAUUGGUGGAUUGGUGGGACAUGGGUAGACGGAAUCCAAAAAUGUUUGAAGCCUCUUUGGAAGUGCAUGGCAUGGCGCGCCACGGAGGCCAUCAGUCGGUGCGGGCCCAUCCACCUACCUGUUGAUUAAACCGCUGCGUGCAAAUUGUCGACCCUCUUAUGCCUUCUCGACAACGAAAACGCCGUAAGUAAGCAUCGGACUUGCAUGCUUCUGCGCCUUGGUUCAAAAACAACGGCAAACGGCGGAGCUACAAAGCGGCCGUCCCGGUGUUCUACCGGGAGAUAGAAACCUGUAGAUCACCCGAUAGGUAAGGUAGCCAAAGGCUUCCACUCCGGUACUACUCCUUUUGUAGACCACACUUGAAUGCUCUCAAACUCUAGUGUAAUGCCCGGAUCCACCAGGCCGACGCUAGCCUCCUGUCGAAUAGCUUCGCGAGUGGACAUCGGCAGAUCACCGUAGAGAAGGCUCGUGUGGGGCAUGAAGUCACUGCCGUCGCUCGGAUCUUGCCCAAACGCCUCCUUGGCAACCUUGUGGGCAUCGAGGAGAGCUGGGUCUCGUUCGAGCAGAGCGAACACCUGUGACAAUCGCAUGCCGCCAGGCCCCAGGUUAAAAGGCCAAACACAAACAGCGUUCGACGUGUUUAUCCCAAACCAAUUUCAUCGACCGAACCAAGAUAUAACAGCCCGUGGGUUACAACAGAUGGACCGACCUACCUAUCAGACCGUCAAUGGUUCAGCUAUCGUGAGUUUGCAGACGGUAGCAUAGGUUGGCCCAUCUACCGCACGAGGAGAUGCUGGUCGGGAUUCGUUCCCAUAUCGCUAGGUGUACACCUAUUUCCGGGGUUUCCAGGUCUUCUACCUUCUACUCGCCUCAUCCCCCCCUCGCUAAACACUACUGAGUAGGGUCACAGUGGUUUGGCGGGUCCAAUCCCGACCUGCGGCCAUCUUAUCUAAUGUGCUCAUUUCCUCGGGUAGAAAAAAGUCGUGACACACCUGGUGAGAUUCAAACUGCCGGCAAACGUUAUGUUUGUUGGAUGGGCUAACCUACCAGACCAAUAAACACCCUGACUGAAUGGCAUGAAAGAUAGGUUAGCCCAUCUAACGAACAAUACCAUUUUUGCGGUUAGAGAGACCCAGUAUGCGGCCACGCGGUAGUUUCGAAAACAACACAUGUGUCCGUCCGCGUGAAAGAUUCCCGGAUACGUUGGUGGGGAAUAUGCACACAAGCAUUGACGAAGUCAGCCAAUGCAGCAAUACUUACGCUCUUAAAGUAGAGGUCCAUGCACGCGGUACGCUCCACACGUGCAGAUAUUGGCCCUAACUUGAGUGCAAGACUCUCCGCUUUCGCUAUAACUUCCGCCUCUCCGCCCUCGGGUUCCAGUCCAGCGAUGAGGGUGACAUGGGCGCGAAAGUUUGCUGUCUUUUGCUCCGAGCUGUGGUGAUCAAUGACUUUUUGUAUGUUUGACCGCGCUGGUUCUUUUGGAAUGAGCCACAGAGAAUAACCUGCUCAAAUGAAAACAAAGCGAGCCGUUCGACAACGGGCACCAAGAGGGUGGACCAAAUAGUUUUCUAAUUCAUGUCACUGUUCACCGAUCAUUGUGACUGACGGACAUCGGCAGUGUUUUCUAAAGUCGCGGCACAGGACCUCUCUUCCCAUCGCUCCCUUUACCCCCCACCAAGCCGUCUAUACUCUCGCUGCCGUACGGUCUCACUCGUUCAUCAUCUUCCACAACAUUCACCGUUAUUUCCGUCUGGACGCAUGGACACUGUUUCAGGUAUAUUUGACUCUUCUUCUCUAAUAGCCACCGCGCCGCACACACUCUCUACUCUCUCGCAUUUGAAUCGAUCGACACCAUGGACGGAUGGACACUACUACACCAAAUCUCCUCCCACCAGUCCUCCUCCCCUCUCUGCUCUCUCUCCUUGUCUCUGUCUAUCGGACCCACUCGUCCAUUUGUCUUCGACUGCACACACUGCUGAUUAUUUUUCUUCUCUCGUUGUCAUCGCCUACAAGUGCAUACAUAUGCGCUGAUCUCCUCCUGGAAAUAUUCCGAUUUCAAACGAUCAACAAGAAGACAGUCGAUUCCCUUCGUUCGGUGGCGGCGGGAAGCACCAAUGACCCGAAAAUCUACCAUAAUCAUUUAGGAACGACGGGCUAGGCAGGGUGAUUUCGUUGAUGGCACUCAACCUUCAGUAGUGUCAGACAAACAACGCAUUGUUGCGUCCGUCCUCGUUUUGGCCUACAUUCACGGUAGAUAAACUCAUCAUGGCGGCGGUGCGGCAAGUGCGGGUAAAAAAUUCAAAGUAUCCUCUUCUUCCAACUGAAGAUACAUGUAGUCUAGAUGCAGCGCCCGGCCUGAUCCUUCAAUCAAGUGUAUUCUCCGUUCAACACAAUGCAACACAGCAUUGGUGAGAGAGCAUUUUCACCUUGCCUGGCCUCUGCACCCUGUAUUGACCAUUGCCUCGGGAUCGCUCAAUGUGGGCGGUGGUGCGAAAGCGCCACAAAGAACUUUGAAACGCAUACGAACCACGAUUUGUGGCACAUGCCGGCAGUCCAUGCAAUUCUUUCAAUAUUCAUGCUUGUUCGCCAAGUCCUCAAUUACUUAGCGUU